AUGGCGGAUCAGCCUUCUCGCGUGGGGCAAGAUCCUACCGAGGCUGCUGCUACUCCAACUAAUAUUUCUUCGCCACGAACCAGCAACGAUUCUCGACCAUCGACUGUCACUCGAACUCCCUCAAUUCGUCUUUCCCACAUCACUCAAUCGCCCAAUACCUCCCACCGACAAAGCUUCACCGAGGCCCUUCGUAACACGCCGCAGUCACCCCGAAAUCGUCGCCAGCCAUCGUUGACUCAAGCUGCGAUUCAAGGGUUGAUCGACAAUCCCCCUGCUCGCAAACCCGCCGACCCUGCUUUCAAUGGCCGAGACUGGCGGCAGAUAUCGAUCGGGGAGCUCGUCCGGCCGACUGAUCUCCGUUUUACUCUAAUCGACAGCGAUGCCAGGGUGCUUCUCGUACGCGAAUCAGUCAAUGAUAAAUCUCCUGUUGGAACUUUCGGCUAUAGUGACUUGAAUGCGUACCUUUUGUUGGUGGUUGGAUUAGCGACGCCCACAGAAUCGCAGCUCACGUCUUUCCAAGAGGUUGCUCAAAAGGCCCGCGAGGGAAGUAAAGUACCUUUGAAGGAUCUCAGAGAUCUUGUUCCCAGAGAACCCCUCACGACAUUGCCACAGUCGGCCAACUUGAUGACAGCAGUUGAAACAUUUGGCGGCGGCGUGCAUUCCAUUGUCGUGCUGAAAGAGGGUAGCAGUGAAGCAAUUGGCAUUGUCAGUCAAUCCAGACUAGUCAAGUUUCUUUGGGAAAAUGGUAGCAGUUUUCCCAUUAUAGAUCAGCUCUACCCGCAACAUCUGAAAGACCUUCGGCUGGGUUCACAGCAGGUGAUUCAAAUCAAUGGGGACAAGCCUCUAUAUCAUGCUUUGCAGCUCAUGAAUGACGAAGGAAUUUCCUCUCUGGCAGUAGUAGACAACCAAGCAAACGUUGUUGGGAACAUUUCUGUUGUUGACGUUAAGCUUUUGACUAAAUCAACAUCGCUGCCACUUUUGCAAAAUACAUGCAUUCAUUUUAUUUCAGUCAUUCUCUCGACUCGGGGCUUGGUCGAGGGCAAAGACUCUUUCCCAGUGUUCUAUGUGACUCCAACAUCGACCUUGGCUCAUACUGUGGCUAAGAUGGUGGCCACUACGUCUCAUCGUGUAUGGAUAACCGACCCGCAAUCGCCAUCGUCGUCUGUGCCGGCAACACCAUCUGCACCCUCGGCCCAUUUUCCUGCCAAUCCCUCAACAGACAGCCAUGCGAUUCAGAGUCCACUAGUUCAACCAAAUACUGCUACGAUUCCAGCCUCUGGUGGUAAUGGGCCUACACCGCCUCCCAGCUACACUCACCCUCAUCACCCAGUCCCACCUCAGGUUUAUCAGAGCCCAUCAUCGGGAUUGCCUCCCACCAUCGCGCCGGCGGUCCCGGCUGCUGCACUUCCCGGAGCACGACUGUCUGGUCGUCUAGUUGGAGUCAUCAGUCUAACCGACGUCUUGUUUCUGUACGCAAGAGCUAGCGGCCUAAGUCCGAAUGACCCAGCUGAGGCUCGCAGUCACCGGCGACGAAGCAGUAGCUCGAGCUUGAGUAUUCGCAAAAGCGGAGAUGUCGGGCGAGAGCUUUUCCGAGGGAUGCAAUAA